AUGAACAACAAUAAGAUGAACGUCUGUUUCUUGAUUCAGAAAGAGAUCCUGGUAUGUCUGUCUGUUUGCUUUGGGAGACAAAUUAACUGUUGUAGCUUAGGCCUUUCGUGUAUUCCCAAGAAUUUUCCUAAAAGUACAAUACUUUUAUAUCUGAGUGGAACUAAUAUAAUCCUUGUAAAUCCAAAAGAAUUGACAAAUCUUCAGGCUCUUGUAGCACUAUAUUUGGAUAAUUCUGGUAUUUUUAAAGUAUAUCCAAAAGCUUUUGUUAAUUUGAAGCAACAGUAUUAUCCAUACCUAAAUCAUAAUUUUAUAAAAUGUUUAGAUCUAGGAAUAUUUGAGGGACUUUCAACUCUUCCUAAUUUAUGUUUAUGCUCUAAUCAGAUAGCUUUUGUUUCCAGAGGAUUAUUUAGUGAGCUAGUGUCAGUUCAUUAUCUUACUCUGCAAAGGAAUCACCUCUCUGUUUUUGGAGUUGGUACCUUCUUUAGAAUGAUUAGUCUCCAGACACUUAAUCUGGCAGAUAGUAAAAUUUCAAGGAUAUCAGGCCCAGCAUUUCUUCAUCUUGGAAACCUUAAGUGUUUGGACCUUGAAGGUAACAAUUUAAGAAAGGUCCCAUCAAAUGCUUUUGGUAUAAUUAAAAACUUUAAAAGGACAGCUAGAUUUUCUUUGUCCCAUAACCAUAUUGACUCUAUACAGCCUUUUGCAUUUGAAGAACUAUUCAAUCUGGAAUAUCUACUUCUGGAAAAUGCAAGCAUCAAAAAUGUUUAUAAGGACAGAUUUAGUGGAAUUAAUAAUCUUAAACAUUUGGUUUUAAACCAUUAGGAUUUGGAAAAUUCAAAUUAUAACUUGCUUAGAUUGUUAGAAAAGUACCUGCAGUUAGAUAGAAAUAGAAUAAUCAACAUUGAUGGUAAUACAUUUGAAAUGGUGGGAGCUUCCUUAAAGAUUCUUAAUCUGUCAUUUAAUAAUCUUACAGACCUGCAUCCUACAGUUCUUAAACCCUUAUCUUCAUUGAUACAUCUUCAAGCCAAUUAUAAUCCUUGGAACCGUAGCUGCAAAUUGUUGAGUCUACGUGACUGGCUAACAUCUUUAGCCAUUACUCUGAACAUCUAUUGUCAGAAUCCUCUAUCAAUGCAUGGCAGAGUUUUGCAUUAUAUUAAGUCGACUGAAUUUGCAGAUUGUCAUACUUCUUCAAUUAAUGGAUCACCAGCCUGGGCAAUAGAAUCUCUUCAGAGUCAUCACAGGACUAUGACAUUACUGAUGGCCUGGCAUAAAUUAGCUACAUUUGGAAAACUAUUUGAAAAAUCUGAAACUGACAGUCUUGUCUUCAGAGGAAGAGUUCUGACUUCAACUCCUAAUAGAUUUUUUCAAGAACAUGCUGUUGAGAAUCCAUCAGAGACUACAACAGUGUUACCAGUACAAAUACAGCUUAACCCUGUUAACUUGAGUAUGGAAAACAGUAAUGCCCUACCAACUGAUGCUGUCUCUUUAACACAAGAGACAGCUUUGAUAUGUACACAGGAGGUUGAGAAGUUGAAUCAGGCUUUUGACAUUUUGUUAGUUUUUUUCAUUUUAGCUUGUGUUGUGAUUAUUUUUCUGAUCUAUAAGAUUAUUCAGUUUAAGCAGAAACUGAAGACACAAGAAAACUCGGGCGAACAUAAACUAGAAUACUACAGUUUUUAUCAGUCAGCUAGGUAUAGUGUUUCAGAACCACUUUGUGCCAGGGCUCAGAAUCCAUUAGGAAGAGCAGUUAUGGAACAAGUUGGACUUCCUAAACAAAUAAUCCCUGAAAGUCAGGCACAGGUCAUCCUGUUUGAACACUCUGCCUUGUAAUCAUAUUCAUCUUAACUCUUUGUGUGGACUAUAAGAUUUGAUUUGCUUUUAAAACACAUAUAAUCUAAUAGCAGAAAUACACAUUUACAUUGAGUUAUUUCAGUGUAGCAUUGCAAUGCAUAAUGGCUUUUUCUGGUGUUACUGUGAAA